AUGGAUCAGACGCAGACAACACACUCACAUGAGCAAAAGGAUGAUGCGCAUAUGGAUGAGCCUAUGCGUGUAGAUGCGCCCUCGACCAAGGACGCGUCGUCUGAGUCGGCGCGCACAGACGAGAAGACGGAGGCAGCAUCUGCAGCUGAGCAAACAUCGAAGCAGGCGACACCAAAUGCGCCGUCAGCUGAAGAUGCACAAAAAGACGAGGUCCCCAACGAUACUACCAAAACACAGGACGAUGCCUCGAAGCGUCCAGACACAACAUCAACGAAUGCUUCCACCGCGCCGUCGACCGAUGCAAAUACAUCUACGACAACUAACACAGCGACAUCUUCUGACACAGCGGGAGCAUCAGAGCAGGACAUCAAGUCUGAGUCCCAGAAAGACACACCAUCACAGAACGCGUUGUCUCGCGACGAAUCAGCUUCCACGGAAAAAGCUGCGUCUGCCUCCCAGCCUGAGCAGCAGCCGCCGUCAAAGCAAGAAGCACAGGCUGCGCCUGAGUCAGGCACUUCGUCUUCGUCGCAGGCUGCAGAUGGCACGUCGUCAGCUCCUGCGCAGGAAGCGACGCCUGCAGACGACGGUCUCACUCACAUGGACAUUGCUAUGCCUCACGUCAAGUAUGCACAGAAUACCAUCCGCUCCCUCAAGUCACGGCGCGAGGCAGGUGCUUUUCUUCAGCCUGUCGAUCCCAUUGCCCUACGGGUUCCUCACUAUACCCAGAUCAUCAAGGAGCCUAUGGACUUGGGAACCAUUGACCAAAAGCUUGCAUUAACGUCGCACAGACUCAAGACUGCACAAGGCGGGCCGAACCGUAUGACUGACAAGUUGAAACAGGCCAUUGACUCUGGCCGGAUCCAUCCCGACAAAGACUACUACACGAACGUGGAUCAGUUCGAACGCGAUGUGUUCCGUGUAUUUGACAACUGUGUGUACUUCAACGGAGCUGAGCAUAUCUUUUCGAAGAAUGCCGAGGCGCUGCGUGCCGUGUUUGAAAAGCAGCGCAAGGGACUUGCGACCGCUGUUGCUGUGGCGGAAGAGGCCAACUCUCCGGAGGCAAAGGCGCGCCGCAGCUCGUCAGCGCUGCCGACGAUCCGUCGCUCUGCUACAGGCGGCCGUCCGAAGCGCGAAAUUCACCCACCGCCCUCGCGCGACUUGCCGUGGACUGAGGAGCACAUGCAUCCGGCAUCGAAGCGCGCUGUGGCUGCUCGCCUGGGCAAGACUAUGGACCACAUCUCGUCGCGCGAGCAGUCGUACUGGGCCAAGGUCAUUAGCGACGAGCUCAAGUUCUGCUACCGCGUCAUUGACGAUCUGCUGAAGCCGGCGCAUCAGGACUUGGCGUGGGUGUUUUAUGACCUGCCAGCCAAGGACUUUGACUGGGCGCCUGCGUACUACCAGAUCAUCAAAAAACCGAUCGCGCUCAUCCCGAUCCAGCGCAAGCUGAAGAACGGCGGGUACCCUGACCUGGCUGGCUUUGAUGCUGACAUGCAGCUCAUGUUCCGCAACUGUUUCACCUUCAAUCCACCGGACUCGGACGUGUACAUUAUGGGGGCUCGUCUGAAAGAUGUGUACGAAGGCAAGAUGCAGAAGAAGCCAGUGCCGCCGCCGCUGCCGACGGAAGACGAUGACGACGAUGAUGGCGAUGAUGAUGAUGAUGAUGAUGACGACGACGAUGACGACGAUGCCAAUACGGUGCUUGUCCAGCAGCUGCAGAAACAGAUCUCUGAGCUGGAAGGCACUCUCGAGACGCUCGAAAAUGGGAAGAAUAAGAACCCGCUCCUGAUCACGAGCACGCGCGUUGCGCUCAACUCUGUGCAGGCGGCGCUGGCUGGCGCUAUGAGCGUCGCUGGCAUGUCGAAGCGUAAGGGCAAGAAACGCAGUAAUCCGUCGUCGUCAUCGUCGGCGUCUGAGAAGAAGAGCAAGUCGCAGGCAGACAAGAAACGCAAGAGCCCUGCGGCGAAGAAACCGCGCACGAGCAGUACCACGUCGCCGACGCCGCGCCGGCGCAAUGUCGGCUCAGAUGAAGACGAUGUGCGUACGGUGACCUUUGAUCAGAAGGAGGAACUGGCAGCCAAGAUCACCGAGCUGUCAGACGAGCGCCUCGAGGGAGCGAUCCGGAUCAUCAAUGAAGACAAGCCGCACGGCACGCAGGGCACCGAAGACGAGGAAAUUGAGCUAGAUAUCGACGAGCUCUCGCCCCAAACGCUGUACAAGCUGUACAAGUAUGUGGUGCGUCCAAAGAAGAAGAGCUCAGGCCCCGACAUUGGUCCCAAUGGUAAGCCCAUGCCGGCAAGUGCGCCGAUCGAUGGACGCAAGCGCGGCACUGGUGGCCUGAAGAAGAAAAACCUUGAUGAAGAAGAGGAGGCGGCACGCAUUGCGCGUCUGCAGCACCAGCUGCAGCAGUUCAAUGAUGCAUCGUCGUCGUCUGAUGCGCCCAAACCGGCGUCGGGAUCUGCGGCAGCGCCUUCCGAGCCCGACAGUGCGACGAAGCACGAUGAUCUGGUUCCGUCUGAAAGCUCAUCCAAUGAGGACGAGGAUGACGAUGGUCGUAACGACAGCGAGAGUGAUAGCGAGAGCGAUAUGGACUAG